UACUGUCUAUAUGUAGUUCUCAGCGUUUUGUAGAAAAAAUGACCGAUACGCAAUACUUAUAGACACUAGUAAAAAUAAGAAUCUCUAUAAGUUGUCGAACGGAACAGUGUCUCUAGUAUCGCGCAGACAUGAACGACUUCGCUGGGAGUCAUUACUAUAGAGUGAAUCGAAUACUUUUAACGUGCCUUGGACUGUGGCCAUAUUAUACGCAACGCACAAACUACGUCUAUAGCACAUUUUUGUUUCUCCUACUUUUAUCUAAUGUCUUUUUUCAGUUAUCAUCGUUUAUUGUCAAGGGAUACAGCGUGGAUCGCCUUUUAAAUAUUUUCUCGAUAUUGGGAAUUACACUGUAUUACACAGUUAAAUAUUUUGCCAUGUUUACUAAUAGCAGUAAAGUGAGAGAGCUUAUGGAACAAAUACGAUAUGAUUGGAAUACCCUAAAAGAGAAAGAGGAAUUUAAAAUCAUACGCCAUCGCGCUAAUAUCGGGAGAUCUUGCACAAUUAUUCUUUUAAUAUGGAUAUACACAACGACCUUCGUCUUUAUAUUAAUGCUUUCUUCGCCAAGUAUUCUCGAUAUCGCGAUGCCAUUAAACGAAUCGCGAUCAUUGUGGCAGAUUUCGGUCAUGGUAGAAUUGUUUGUCAAUGAGGAGAAAUACAUCGGAUUGUUAACAUUCUAUUUGCUCCUGUCGGGCUUUAUUGGUAUUAGCACGAUGAUAGCUGUCGAAACGUUCGUGCUAAUGUAUGUACAACACACAUGUGCAAUGUUUCAAAUCACUAGUUAUCGAAUUGAACGUAUUGUGAACAACAGUCAAAUGAAAUGGUUAAUCUCUCCAGAAAAAUUCAGUAUUCAUAAAAGCCUCGUGGAGACUGUCGACGGUCAUCAAAAUGCUAUCGAGUCCAUCGAUUCCCUCAAAAACACUUUCUCAAUUGCUCACUUUUUUGCGAUUCCUCUCAGCGUUUCAUCGUUAAGCAUCAAUCUAUACCUUUUGUGCGAGCGCGUCAUGGCGGGAGAUAUCGGCGGUACGAGCAUAUUGCUCUUAUACGUUUUCAGUCAUUUUUGCUACAUGUUACUUUGUACUUACACUGGCCAACUGGUAAUAGAUCAUAGUGACGAUAUCUUUAAGAAAAUAUGCAACACUCGAUGGUAUGAAGCUCCAUUAAGCACGCAAAAGUGCCUCAUGAUGAUAACGUACCGAAGUAUGAAGACUUGCACAAUGAUGAUUUGCCUUGGUCUGUUCGUGCCGUCUUUACCAGGUUUCGCCACGCUCGUCAGCUCGUCGUUAUCAUACUUUAUGGUACUGUAUUCUGUGCGCCGACAGUAAUCACAGAAUAUAGUUCUCAACAAUGAAUCGUGAUUGACAAAUACUUUCGUGAAGAAAAGUGCAUCGUGUUAGAUAGAAAGUAACAUCUCUCUGGACUGUCAGAAACUUUGAAACUUACGCGCUCCGUUUAUGCUUAAAUAUCCUGAUAUUAAACUAAGUGCGAGCCAAAAUAUUUCUCUAAAUAAUUAAAAUAAACAGCUCUUAACGUUGAAUAAACCGUACGAUUUGAUU